GGAAUUGACGCGCAGCCAUAGUUAAGCAGGAAAUAUAUAAGGCACGGUCUAUAUCAGACCGUAAGAUAAGGUCAAAUUUUUAACCUCACUUAAUCAAGCUUAAAUUUAGUUUAUUUUUCUAUUUUUCUGACAUAGAUAGUGUUUUCCAUUAUAACUAUGUUAACUAAUAGUAUUCCAGUGAAGAUAGCCAUUAUCGGGGGUUCAGGUCUUAAUGACCCGGACAUUCUAAAAAAUCGUAAAGAAAAGUUUAUAAAAACUCCUUACGGAGAUCCAUCCGAUGCCUUAAUAUUCGGAAAUAUAGAUGAUGUAGAAGUCAUCCUAUUGGCUAGACAUGACAGGAAACAUACCACCAUGCCAACCAACGUAAAUUACAGGGCUAACAUAUGGGCAUUAAAACAAGAAGGUGUAACCCAUAUCCUAGCAACUACAGCUACUGGUUCACUCCAAGAGCACAUCAAACCAGGUGAUCUGGUUUUGUUAAGCAGUUUUAUAGACAGAACCACAAAACGCCUUCAAACCUUCCAUGAUGGGGAAUCAUGUCAUCCAUUGGGAGUUUGUCAUUUACCAAUGGAGCCAGCUUUCUCUGAACCACUGCGUCAAACAGUGCUGUCAACCGCAAAAUCCCUUGAUAUCCCCAUACACGAAAAAGGCACAGUGGUGGCCGUAGAAGGUCCACGAUUUUCCAGCUUGGCUGAAAGCCUGAUGUUCAAACAAUGGGGCGGGGAUGUCAUAAAUAUGACAACAGUGCCUGAGGUCGUGUUAGCUAAAGAAGCAGGUAUUUUAUACAUUUCCCUAGCUUUAGCUACUGAUUAUGACUGUUGGAGGGAAACUGGUGAAAAAGUUACUGUAGUUGAUGUUUUAAAGACUUUUAAAAACAAUGUUGACAAAGUUAUAAAGCUAAUUACCGCAUUAGUCCCUAUAAUCAAUAAAGGAAGCUGGGAUGAACACGUUAAAGAGCUAAGAGAUUGUGUACAACAAAGUGUUAUGGUACCGAAAUAAAAGUUUCUUUACAUUUAAUUUUUUUUUUCAUAAGUUAAACCAAGUUUGCAUACGCAAUUUUUUUUAAUGGGAUAUUGCCUUUUUACUGUUUUUUUUUGAAGAAGAGGAAAAAGAUGAGGGGAGUUAAAUUACUACUCGGUGACCAAUUUGUAUUUUCUUGUCAAUAAAUAGGGUAACAUAAGUUAAUAAAGCAAGCAUCAGUAUUACG